GAAAAAGCCAUGGAUGAAUAGAAAAGGCACGUGGUCAAUAAGUGGCGUUGAAGCCAGCUCAAGGCUGGGCCCAUCUUCUUCAUCCAUCAACAACAAAAUGGAUAAAUGUUAAAUCGAAACCAGAGCUUGAUAAGUUAACAGUUAACACCAUAGAGAGAGAGAAACCAUGUCCGAAGGCGGCUUGUCUUCUUCACCCUACUCAAUUAUAAGCGAAGGAGCUGGAAUUGCAGGAAACCUCUGUGCUUUCGUGUUGUUUGUGUCUCCAAUUCCAACAUUCAAGAGGAUCAUUCGAAGCAAAUCAACAGAGCAAUUCUCGGGGCUGCCUUACAUCUACACCCUCUUGAACUGCUUGAUAUGCCUUUGGUAUGGCAUGCCGGUUGUCUCCUCCGGAUUGAUCUUGAUCGCCACAGUCAACUCAAUCGGAGCCCUUUUUCAGUUGGUUUACGUUCUCAUAUUUAUCAUCUACGCAGACCAAAGGAGAAGGCUGAAGAUGGUGGGAUUAUUGUUGGGUGUUUUUGCUGUGUUUGCUGUCAUUGUCUCUCUUAGCUUGUGCUUUUUCGAACCACCAAACCGACAACUCUUCGUCGGUUACUUAUCUGUGUUCUCUCUCAUAUCCAUGUUUGCUUCUCCACUAUUCAUCAUUAAUCUGGUGAUCAGAACAAAGAGUGUGGAAUACAUGCCAUACUAUCUGUCUCUUGCUACAUUCUUGAUGAGUAUUGCUUUCUUCGCAUAUGGAAUGCUCAAGCACGACGCCUUUGUCUCUAUCCCUAAUGGGAUUGGAGCAGUUCUUGGGAUUCUUCAGCUGGUGCUCUACUUCCAUUACAGCAGAGCUAAUGCACGAGCAUCUAAAGCGCCUCUGCUCGAGCCAUACACAGCCUAAUCUGCUGCUCGUUGCGAGAGCUGAGAAACUGGCCGCGGAUGUUGAUGCCACUCUUGUUAAAUAUCAUCGAUUAUUUAUAGCCUCUUUGUGUACAUUGGUGUGAUGUGAGGGGGUUCUUGUUUGUGAUUGAAAUAUAGAGGAAAUGGAAAUUGGCAAAUGGUCUUUUUCAUCAA